UCAAGAUUUUCUGAAAUUGGCUUGAGAGAGGAUGGAAAAAUCCGCUCAAAAUCCACAUCCCUUACUCCAGUAGCUGCAAAGACAUUAUUGCGCUCAGUGCAAUCUGCAGAUUCAUAAAACUUGAAAACCCCGCCUACUUGACAGCUGGCGUCUGUUUACGAAAAGUCACGGGGACAGCAUGGAGCGAAAGGUACCUAACAGAAAAUGUCAUACCGUGCUGCCAACAGGGGGAACAACCAGACUUCAAUCAGCAAACUAUGGUCGUCAAAAUAUAGUCUGUCACAUUCGCUUGUUUGACAUUUGCAGCUUGAUAAAUGAUUAGGAGCUUCAAGUAUUUUUGUGCAGUGGGACUUCUAAACGUGCGUACCGACAUCUGAUUCCGAAUUAUCACCCACUUCGACUUAAAACAAUGGCGAGGCGUAAAAGGCGAAACCCAGUGAAUUGUUGCACUUAAACCCAGCCAGGAUUACACGGAACCAUUUCCCCAGCUUCUGCGAUACAACAGGGAACCACAGCGCAAAGAAAAGGCACUCGGAGCGACAUGGAAAGCCCGAUCGAGAACCCUACCAGGGCUGUGGAAUAUUUGAAGGAGCUUAACAAGAUCAUCGAGACCCAGCAGGAGUUGCUGGAGAGGCAGAGGGGAAGGAUAGAGGAGCUGGAGCAGCAAGUAUCCGACUUGUGCACGGAGAACGUCUGUCUGAAGGAGCAGUACCAGCGGCACCUGGCAACCUGCAGGCUGCUGCAGGGCAGCAACAGCCUGGUCACACUGGGAGCCAUAGAGGAGCAUAUCACUCAGGAAAAGAGACAUGCCUCCCUACCUGUCGAAGUCACAGAGAAUCCUGGGAGGUUGGUGUCUGCAGGCUGCAGACGAGUCGUCCCCUGCCGCAAAUGGAAGUCUGCUUCUUUUGGCUUCCUGGAGGAGCCUGUGCACUCUGGACUUCACUUGACUGAAAGAAUGGUGGACAAGAUUUGGAGGAAGAGUUGGCAAUUUAUAGAAAAUAGACGGUCUUUUCGCAAUAAGCAGUCCUCUUGUAACACGGCAGAAUGUAAGAGUGAUGUGGAAGGGGAUGGACGGCCCAAUGAGAGUGGCCCUUCCCUGGAUGGUGGUGCCAGCUAUGGCCAGGGCCCGGUGACUCACGGCUCAGCCAUCAGUCCUGACCGAUUUGACAGCCCACUUUACAGCCACGGGGUCCAGCCUGGGCCUCAGAGACCCCGUCGGCCCAAGCUCCAGCACUCGCAGUCCAUCCUCCGUAAGCAGGCCGAGGAGGAGGCCAUCAAGCGGUCCCGCUCGCUCUCUGAGAGCUAUGAGCUCUCUGCUGACCUCCAGGACAAACAGGUGGAGAUGCUGGAGCGUAAAUAUGGUGGACGAUUCAUAACUCGGCAUGCGGCCCGCACCAUCCAGACAGCUUUCCGCCAGUAUCAAAUGAACAAGAACUUUGAACGUCUCAGGAGCUCUAUGUCUGAAAACCGUAUGUCCAGACGCAUUGUUCUCUCCAACAUGAGGAUGCAGCUCUCAUUUGAGGGACCUGAGAAAGUGCACAGCUCCUACUUUGAAGGGAGGCAGGUGUCCAUGACAGAGGAUGGCACCCCGCUGUCCAUGGUGCAGUCUGAACGUGGAGACAUUGAAGUCCACCAACAGGGCAACAUGGCAUCUCACCAAACCCCGCAGGGGGACCUGACAGAUGCCAUCACGGAGCUGGAAGACGCCUUUUCCAGGCAGGUCAAAUCUCUGGCUGAGUCGAUAGAUGAUGCACUGAACUGUCGCAGCCUUCAGGGGGAUGAGGGUCCUGAACCAGAGGCUAUGGGCUGCUCUAAGGUGGAUAGGGAAGUGCCCUAUCAGGUGAAGUCCCACCGCAGGGCAGCUGGACGCAUUCAUGAUGAAACGAUGGCAUCCUAUAGUGAUGUUACUCUGUUCAUUGAUGAGGAGGACAUGUCUCCCUCUGUUGCUCUGUCGAGGUCAGGGGACCAGCCCUCCAGCACAGAAUCAGACUUGCGGUUGCGGUCAGUCAACUCAUCCCAGGAGUACUGGCCUAUUGACCCCAAAGAUGAGGGUCGUGACACAGACACGAGCUGCCGCAGCACUCCUUCUCUAGAGUGUCAAGAGCAGCGUCUUAGAAUGGACCAUCUCCCUUUGUUGACCAUAGAACCUCCUAGUGACAGCUCUGCAGAGCUAAGUGACCGGUCUGAUCGUAGCUCUGUCAAACGGCCACCUGUGUAUGAACCACAUGGCCACCUCGUAACGUCAUCCCAGGCUAGCCCUAAACACAUUUCCCAUGGACCCCCACCACGGGCUUCCUCCCGUGAUGAUGACACACCUCUGCGCCAUCGCCACCGCCAGCUGGAGAGCCAUCUAGCCAUAAACGGCUCAGCCAACAGACAGAGUAAGUCAGAAUCGGACUUCUCUGACGGGGACAACGACAGCAUCAAUAGCACAUCCAACUCUAAUGACACCAUCAACUGCAGCUCAGAGUCCUCCUCGAGAGACAGCCUUCGAGAGCAGACACUCAGCAAGCAGACUUACCACAAAGAGACUCGCAACAGCUGGGACUCACCCAUCUUCAGUAAUGAUGUUAUUCGCAAGAGAUACUACCGCAUCGGCCUGAAUCUCUUCAACAAGAAGCCAGAAAAGGGCAUCCAGUACCUGACUGAGAGGGGAUUCAUUCCUGACACACCGGUUGGUGUGGCUCACUUCCUGCUGCAGAGGAAGGGGCUGAGCCGGCAGAUGAUUGGAGAAUUUCUCGGCAAUCGACAGAAACAGUUCAACAGAGAUGUCUUGGACUGUGUGGUAGAUGAAAUGGAUUUCCAAAGCAUGGAGCUGGACGAGGCGCUCAGGAAAUUUCAGAACCACAUCCGUGUUCAGGGGGAGGCCCAGAAGGUGGAACGGCUUAUCGAAGCCUUCAGCCAGCGCUACUGCAUCUGUAACCCCACAGUGGUGCGGCAGUUCAGAAACCCUGACACCAUCUUCAUCCUGGCAUUCGCCAUCAUCCUCCUGAACACUGACAUGUACAGCCCCAAUGUCAAGCCCGAGAGGAAGAUGAAGCUGGAGGACUUUAUCAAGAAUUUAAGAGGCGUGGAUGAUGGGGAGGAUAUUCCUAGGGAGACACUGGUCGGCAUCUAUGAGAGGAUCCGUAAGCGAGAGCUUAAGACCAAUGAAGACCACGUCUCACAGGUGCAAAAGGUUGAGAAGCUCAUUGUGGGAAAGAAACCAAUUGGAUCGCUCCACACCGGCCUCGGAUGUGUGCUGUCACUGCCCCAUCGCCGGCUAGUGUGUUACUGUCGCCUGUUUGAGGUGCCAGAUCCCAACAAGCUCCAGAAGCUGGGACUGCAUCAGCGGGAGAUUUUCCUGUUCAACGACCUCCUAGUGGUAACCAAGAUUUUCCAGAAAAAGAAGAACUCAGUGACAUACAGUUUCAGACAGUCUUUCUCUCUGUAUGGGAUGCAAGUCAUGCUGUUUGAAAAUCAGUAUUACCCAAAUGGAAUCAGGCUUACAUCAGCAAUACCAGGUGCGGACAUCAAAGUCCUCAUCAACUUUAAUGCGCCCAACCCCCAGGACCGUAAGAAGUUCACAGAUGACCUACGAGAGUCGAUUGCUGAGGUCCAGGAAAUGGAGAAAUACAGAAUAGAGUCUGAGCUGGAGAAGCAGAAGGGGGUGGUGAGGCCCAGCAUGUCACAGAGCUCCGGUUUGAAGAAAGAGGCUGGUAACGGGAGCAUGAACCGUGCCAGUCUGGAUGAUACCUACGCCAUGGGAGAGGGUCUGAAGAGGAGCGCCCUCAGUAGCUCCCUGCGAGACCUCUCCGAAGCAGGCAAGCGGGGGCGUCGCAGCAGUGCAGGAUCACUAGACAGCAAUAUGGAAGGGUCCAUCAUUAGCAGUCCACACACACGCCGGAGAGCCACCACGCCACAUGAGGGUGCACCCCGCGGCCAUCCCUCCAUCCCUAACUCAGCAUCGACUUCCAUCCUUGGGUCGCUCUUUGGCAGCAAGCGAGGCAAACCGUCAUCCCAGAGCCACCCUCCUUUCCCUGCGCCUGGUCAACCCACUCUCAUUUCCCACAAGCCCCACCCGACCAACCUGCACCACACAGCACAGGUAGCACACACAGUGCAAGCCCAGCUCCAUGGUCACCAUUCCCAGUACUGCAAAGUCCCACAGAACCCUCCGCCUUACCACCACCAUCACCACUACCACCCCCCUCCCCACACGCAGUACCACCAGCACCCAGGCUACGCCUCACAUGCCCACCAACAUGCCCAUUCGCAGCACAGCCAUUACAGCCAGCAUUCCCAUCAUGCCUCACACUCCCAACAUGCUCCUCACCACCACAGUCAGCAAGCGGGUUCGGCGCCUGGCGGACCCAAACCCAAACACAGUGGCAUCAGCACCGUAGUGUGAUGCUCCUAACACAGAGAGGAGAGGCAUGCAGGGAACUUACUGAACGAGGGACAAUUGCUUACACCAAAGGGACUGACAGCAUAACUCUAUGGCCUGUCCACUGUGUUUAACUGCUGCUGUGAUGGAAACCAGUCACACGCAAUCACCCUUUUCACCUCCAGGUCCAACUAAUAUGCAGGAUGGAAAUCAGACUCAAAUCUUCCACCAGGGGCCUUUUACUAGUUUGCCUGAUCAUGGGCUUGGCCCCAUCAGGGUUUUGUUGGUGGGGGCGGGGCUCUGUACAGGAAGAUGCUCUAUGUUUUACUCACUAACACACACACACCGCCGGGCCGUGACGGCUGUAGAGAAAAUGUGUUUUCUCACCAUGCCGCUCCCCACUGCUUCAUUCCCUCAAUAGCCUGUCUUACCUUCACAUAAUCAGGAGGCAAGAUGACCUGAGACGAGAACGUGGCUGACUGUAUUCUCUGUCACAACGGUGGCAUCAUUUCUUGUGCGCAGCCUUUUCAGAAGUCAACUUUCAGCUCUUUUGAUUUGCAGAUCCUACCAUCAUAUGAAUGCAAUUUGUUGUUGCCUCCUGUAGAGCUCAUACGUAGUGAAGAACCUAGAUAUAAUCAUUUCACACUAACUUAAAUCAAAGGACAGGUAAACAGCUGAGUUGACCUUCUCAGUCAUUGUAGUUCUAGUGCUGUAUUUACUGUAGAUGACAGCUAUAUGUGUUGUCUCCUAGCUCUCAUAAAUAAAUGUGCCAAUUAUUAAUGCAUAAUCUAUUUAGUCAAGACUUCAUGUACAGUAUAUUGUGCGUAAAGUUAUUUGUAAGAUUAUACUUACAAUUAUUAUUAUCAGCAAAAAUGAAUUCUAUCAGUAUUAUACUGACUCUGUGGUAACAGGAUGUAUAUUAGAAAGGAGUGAACUCCCAUUCAGUCCAGGCCUAUAAUCUAUUCUGGAAUUUUUGCCUUUCAAAUGGAUCAGAAGGAGCCUCUGGACGGCAGCUGUUGCAUAUGGGCCUCAAAACGCUGUGCUGUCACAGCUGAAGCCUCAAAGCAGACUUUUCCUGUCAACUCUUACAAAUGAUAAACCGGGCUGGUUGGUUGUUUUAAUCUCAGUUUACUACUCAUACUGUGGCUGCUUAAACUGUAAAAGACAUUUUAAAUGCACUUGGGAGGCUCAGUUCAUGUUACAUACGGACCCGCAGAACGCGUUGAACAUGCGAAGUCUGUUGCCUUUAAAAUAUGCGACAGCUGCUCCCUUGACUCUUAAAAUCAAAAACGGAAACACUUUUGAAACCUUCCUUUACCUUGUUUAGUAUGUUUGUUUUUUUUUAAUUCACCAACAAGGUGUGGUGAGUGAAUAAAAUCGGUUCUUACAUAGUAAAGUAUUUUUUUCAUCUUUUUUCUAUCAUAUGUGCAAUACCUUUGUACUGAUUUUGUACAUGAAGAACAAGGUUAUCCCUCAAAUUUGUGCGUUUUUCAUGUUGCGUCAUUAUUUAUUUAUUUUUGUUUUUGACCCCUGUCAAGAGUCUUUCUCAGUAAAUUAAUGUGUGGCUGUCCUCGUGGUCUAAUGAGAGGUACAGACUUGGAGUUCAGUGGAAUGUCUAGUAAGUGAUUUUUGCAUGUAAUGUUAUUAAUGUGAGGCUAUCCUCUGCACAUUGUAUAACAAAAUCAGUGUUACCAUAGCAAGUUUAAGUGCAAUCAUGUUCAGAAAAUGCAGACUUGUACUGAAAGUGGAAGUCUGUUGUCCAGGACGAGAUUCAGGUGACAAAAAAAAACUUUUUUCAUUUAAGAAUAUAUAAAUGCUUACUUACACAGUUCACGGUGGAAAGAGGAAUGUGUGUAUAUAUUUUAAUAAAAGGAAUAUGCUUCUCUUUGGGCUGAACAGAAAUAUUUUGCUGGAUAAGCACAUAUGAAAGAACACUUUCAUUUUUUCAGGAAAUGCAAUUAUAAUAUACAAAAUGCAAACUGAACAAAGGAACUGGGUAUAUGUAAAGAAUAACUUUCUACAUUCUACAAAUAAGAGUCUAUUCUAGUGUGUAAAUUAGUGACAGUAAACUGUUUGUUCCAAUAUUCAGGUUGUAAAUGUAUUUUAACAUUCACAAAGAAAACCAUUGCCAUAAGUCAGGCUUACUCUCGCACGUAUCUCAUGAAGAAGAAAGUUCGGAUGACAGACAUAUCACAUAUGGGACUUUAAUGAUCAGUUGAAUGUCUUUCCAUUGAUUUCAUAGUUUUGUCUGAACCUGUUUAUUUUGGUGUGUGUUGUAGUGCUUCAAAUGUCUUACAGUCAUUCUAUGUGAGAAAGUACCCCAACGAUGCACUGCAUGGAUCAUCAUGUGUCCUAUUCACUGUGAGCUGAUGGGGAAAAAACAUUCAGCCUAUAAAUUUUGUCUUCUCUUUUGGUUUAGAUUUGUUUGGAAUUUCCUGAUGUUGAUGUGUUCUUGUCGUUCCACAUUAGGUUAGUAGUUAUUGAAGUUCAGCAUGCAUUUCAUCAACAAAGCCAUUGUGUAAAUUACAAACAUAAAGAUCAUUGCACUUCCGUUGCUGAGGGCUCUCGUCAUGUAAAUAUGGGAUUUUGGUGUGCAAACUGAUGAACUGCUUGGAAGGAGGGCUUAUCUUUAUGAAGAUGUAAAGGGACCAAGACGGAGGUUAAAGGAGCUGUACAUAAUGUGUAUAUGAUCAGUACUCUAUUCUGAUAUCUGCAGUUAAGAUCAGGAUGUAUAUACAUCACCUCAUAGAUGGAUUAGAGGGGUGAUAUAUGAACAUAUCGACUGUCUCUGCCUCCUGUUGUGAACUCACAUUUGCUGUGGACUUCAAAAACAGACUGUUAGAAAGUUUGCUGCCAUUUACAUCCAGCCUCCAUCCUCUUUUUGCACACAAAACCCUCCACCCCCCACCACACACAAACACACACACACAUAUAAAUACUGUACACACAAACAUCCUGCUGCAAGCUGUUCAGUCUGGAGUGAGACACGUUUUUGAAAAAAAGGAAAACACAUGAAUGGCCUCAUUUAUAUGUGCAUUCUGUUUGUACAGUGAGUAGUGAGUCAGUAAGACCCCAGUUAUUGUAAAACUUCAACUGUGACAAUGUUGAGAACGCAAAAUAAACGAAUAUAUGACUUAUGGUA